AUGCAAUUAGUCAAUCAAAUUAUAAGCGUGUUUCAAAACAAUCAAAAUAUAAAUUAUAAGCGAUUUAACUGUGUUAUGAGUGAAUAUUGUGUUAUGAAUCAAAAAAUAUCUGUUAGAGAAGUUUCUCAUCAAAAUGAGGUGAUAUUGAUUUUUGAUAAAAGAUAUUCUUUAGGUUUUUUCACUCAUCCUGAUAAUAAUCCAUGCUCUGAUUGUACUUGUGGAGAAUCAGAUAACGGUCCAGAACCUAAAUGCACGUAUGAAGAUUGUCAACCCAUACCAUUUGGAUGCGUUUCUCAAGUUCCUCCUGGUCAAUGUUGUGCUGAAAUUUUAUAUUGUGGUUGUCCUGGUAUUGGGGAGAGAUUCUAUAGAAUUGGGGAAGAAGUUCCUGAUUUAUUUCACAUUGAAGAUCCAUGUUUUAUUUGUACUUGUGUAGCACGGGACGCUGUCGAUUGUAACUUUAUGUUUUGUGAUGCUCCACCAACAGGAUGUGUCACUCAAAAUAAUCCCGAUCAAUGUUGCCCUGAAAUUUUACAUUGUGGUUGUGAGGCUGACGGCAAAAUUUAUAAAAUUGGUGAUGAAAUUCCUGAUAAUGAUCCAUGCAGCACUUGUACUUGUGAAGCAUCCGACAAUGGAGCAGAACCUGUUUGCUGGGCGGUUGAAUGUCCUGCAUAUCCAGAAAAUUGUGUCACUCAAAAUGUUCCUGGUCAAUGUUGUCCUGAAAUUUUACACUGUGGUUGUGAGGUUGAUGGCACAAUCUAUAAAUAUGAUGAAAUUAUUCCUCAUGAUUAUGCCUUCCGACUAUCCGGAUUUAUCCGGAUAAAUCGGGAUAUUUUGUAUGAACGGAUGGAAAUAUCCGGAUAUUUCGGAAGGCCUACUCAUGAUGAUCCAUGCAUUUGUUGUUACUGUGAUUAUGGAGAAGUUUCUUGUCAGAAAGGUUGCCCAUACCCGCCGCCAGGGUGUGAAAAUGCGCAACCUUCUCCUGGUUUUUGUUGUCCUGAUUAUAAAGCACUCGGUUGUGAAACUAGUGGCAGUAGUGGUUCAUAA